AUGGGGGAUUAUGAACCUCUGCUUCCUCAACUAGAAGGAGACGACAAUUUAAUUGCUGCGGUGAAACAUAUAGUGGGUGCACUGAGUUCCAAUAAGAACCUCACAAAAGAUGUGAAGAAAAUCUUGGCUGGUCUUGGUACCCAAUUAUCCACUAUGGCUGCCAAACCUGGGAUUGAACAUCACUUCAGUGUUGUUGAGGAGAAGAUUAUGAGUUACAAGGAUGAUAAAUCGAUGAUUUGGGAUUCGGGUUCCGAAGAAGCUGUCGAUUAUCUGAAUGCCGUCGAUGAAGCUGUCAAGUUGAAGGAGAGAUUGGAGAAUCAGUGUUCAGAUAGCAAAGAAGAGAAAGAUUUGCUACGUAGAGCCUGUGAUGUUCUUCAGAUGGCAAUGCAGAGGCUUGAAGAAGAGUUCAAACACAUGCUUGUUCACCAUAGGCAACCCUUCGAGCCUCAGAACACUUUGUUUCGUUCGAGUGAGGAUGAUGGUUCGUUAGUUUCUCUCCGAGACGACUCGGUCCGCAUCGAUUCGGUUCAUCCGGAUGUGAUUCCUGAUCUCAAAUGCAUUGCCAGUUUGAUGUUCAAGUCCAAUUAUGGUCUAGAGUGUUGCCGUGCCUAUGUCCUUGUUGUAAAGAAAGCAUUAGCUGAGUGCCUUUUCAAUCUAGAAAUGGAGAAAUUGAGCAUAGAAGAUGUGCUGAACAUGGAGUGGGGUGCCUUGUAUUCAAAGAUCAAGAGAUGGAUUAGAACUAUGAAGGUCUUUAUCCGGCCCUAUCUCGCCAGCGAGAAGUGGCUCUGCGACCAGGUUCUCGCAGACCUUGGAUCAGGUAAUUUGGGUAUGUUUGUUGAGGCUGCAAAGGAUUCGAUGUUGCAGCUUCUCAACUUUGCCCACGCCGUCUCGAUGGGUUCUCGUCAACCCGAAAAGCUGGUUCGAAUCCUAGACAUGUAUGAGGUUCUUGCGGAUCUUCUUCCCGACAUCGAUGCAUUGUUCGUAGAUGAAGCUGGUUCUUCUAUUCGAACUGAAUCCCAUGAGGUUUUCAAGAGAUUGGGUGACUUCAUAAUGGCAGCAUUUCAUGAAUUCGAGACUGCCAUUGCAACCAACAUGUCAACAAGCUCUCUUGCAGGUGGGGGAAUUCACCAUCUGACCAGAUAUGUUAUGAAUUACAUCCUGCUUCUUGCAGACUAUAAAAAUACCCUGAAAGAUUUCUCGGGCAGUUGUUGCACAAUGUCACUCCACCUUCGAUCACUCGCUUCGGCUCUAGAGGCCAAACUCGACGAGAAAUCGAAACUGUAUAAGGAUCCUUCACUGCAACACUUCUUUCUAAUGAACAAUAUACAUUACAUGGCCCAAAAGGUUAAGAAUUCAGAGCUGAGGCUUAUAUUCGGAGAUGAUUGGAUUCGAAAACGCAACUGGAAAUUCCAACGGCACGCAAUGGACUAUGAGAGAGCUACUUGGAGUUCGGUUCUCUCGUUGUUGAAAGGCGAGUCCGAUUCGAGCUCUGGUUCUAUCUCAGGGACACUUCUGAAGGAGAGACUGCGUCGAUUUUAUGCCGCUUUCGAAGAGGUUUACAAAACACAGACAGCAUGGCUUAUCCUGGAUGUUCAACUUCGAGAAGAUUUACGGAUCUCGACAUCCCUGGCAGUGAUCCAGGCUUAUCGGACGUUUAUCGGAAGACAAAUAUACCGGAUUGCUGAGAAGCACAUAAAGUACAACUCGGAAGAUAUGGAGGAUUAUUUGUUGGACCUGUUUGAAGGAUCCCAAAAAUCAUUGCAUAAUCCACAUAGGAGAUGAACCAUGAUUACAAAAUUAGGCCA